UGGCAAGCGCCCGGGAAUGCUGAAUUUCUAGAUACCCCAGUCCCACCCAGCCUCUUCUUUUUGACUAUAUUUUACAGCAACUCUUCUUGGCUCUGACUUCCUCUCAUACUAUAUUAGUACUAAACAAUCCCUCCCUCCCCCUCAAACUUUGGUGAGUCAACGAUGACGCAACUAGAACUCCAGUCAAGGAGCGGGGUCGCACCUCCAGGCAUGGACGAAGAAAAUCUUGGCCACCCUUCCGAACAACCCGCCAAAACACCCAAAAAGUUGACUCUGAUCCCUCUAAUUUUCCUCAUCUAUUUUGAAGUUGCCGGCGGUCCCUAUGGAGAAGAACCGGCAGUCCAGGCUGCAGGACCCCUCUUGGCCCUUCUGGGCUUCCUCCUCUUUCCUUUUAUCUGGAGCGUCCCUGAAGCUCUCAUCACGGCUGAGCUUUCUACUGCUUUUCCUGGUAAUGGAGGCUUCGUUAUUUGGGCUGAACGUGCGUUCGGUCCAUUCUUUGGGUCCCUGAUGGGAUCUUGGAAGUUCUUGAGUGGUGUCAUUAACAUCGCAGCUUUCCCAGUUCUCUGCGUGGACUACCUGGAGAAGAUCAUUCAUCCUUUGGAGUCGGGGUGGCCUCGCCACAUCUCUAUAUUGAUUUCCACGCUGGUAUUAUCUUUUGUAAACUAUACCGGAUUAGCCAUCGUUGGCUGGGCUGCAGUUUUGCUGGGCGUUAUUUCGCUUUCGCCUUUCAUUAUAAUGUCUCUCAUAGCAAUCCCCAAGAUCCAACCCCAUAGAUGGCUGAGUUUAGGUCAGAAAGGUGUGAAAAGAGAUUGGAAUUUGUUCUUCAACACGCUUUUUUGGAAUUUAAACUUUUGGGACAACGUCAGUACUCUUGCCGGCGAAGUAGAUAAACCCCAGAAGACGUUUCCUCGAGCUUUGCUUGUGGCAGUGGUUUUCACUUGCUUAGCCUACCUGGUUCCACUAUUCGCGGUUAUUGGGGCUGUUUCCGUGGAUCAACGUGAUUGGGGGUCCGGAUUUCAUGCUGACGCUGCUGAGUUGAUUGCAGGGAAGUGGCUAAAAGUGUGGAUCGAAGUUGGUGCUGUUUUAUCAGCGAUUGGCUUAUUUGAAGCUCAACUAAGCAGCUGUGCUUAUCAACUGGAGGGAAUGGCAAAUUUAGCCAUUCUGCCCAAGCUUUUUGGUAGCAGAGCCAAAUGGUUCAACACUCCUUGGGUGGGGAUACUGCUUUCAACUUUGAUCACAAUUGGAAUGUCGUAUAUGGAUUUCACUGAUAUCAUAUCCUCCGCAAAUUUCUUGUACAGUUUAGGGAUGCUUCUGGAGUUUUCUUCUUUUGUUUGGUUGAGGAGAAAGUUGCCAGAAAUAAAAAGACCUUACAGGGUGCCUCUCAGGAUUCCGGGACUAGUUCUCAUGUGCUUAAUCCCAUCUGCAUUCCUUGUAGUUAUUAUGGUUAUUGCCACUAAAAUUGUGUAUUUGGUUAGUGGACUCAUGACUGUUGGCGCCAUUGGAUGGUACUUUCUGAUGAAAUUUUGUAAGGAAAACAAGGUACUCAACUACAGCGUUGCUGAAGAUGAAGAAGAAAGAUGAUGACAUUUCAAGUUAAUGCAAUUUGUCUUGUGUCUUCUUUUGCAUAUCGGUUGAAUAAAUAUUAUUAUGUGUCAAAACAUUUUUAAACAUGAAUACUACGGCAACACUCAAACGAGCUUGGCAUAGGUAGAAGCCGGUUUGUUUUAUAAUUUGUUUCGUGUAUGUAAUAUAAUAUAAAACUAGUGUCCUCAAUUUUCCA